AUGUACAUUAAAGAAGUGCGGAUUCAGGGCUUUCGCUCUUACCGUGAUUCUGUUUGCGACGUUUUCAGUCCGCAACACAACAUUGUCGUCGGUCGAAAUGGCUCCGGGAAGUCGAAUUUUUUCUCGGCGAUUCAGUUUGUUCUUUCGGACGAAUAUUCGAACCUUCGGACCGAGCAGCGGGUCGCCCUGCUUCAUGAAGGCUCUGGACCACGAGUUAUCACUGCUUACGUCGAAAUCGUCUUCGAUAAUACUGAUCGACGACUUCCGAUGACUAAGGACGAAGUGGUUCUUCGCCGCGUCGUCGGUCAAAAAAAGGACCAAUUCUUCAUCGACAAGAAAAACGUAACCAAAAAAGAUGUCGUCCAAAUGCUCGAGAGCGCUGGUUUCUCGCACUCGAACCCGUACUACAUCGUCAAACAGGGUAAAAUCAACGAAAUGGCGACUCAAAGCGAAAAGGAUCGUCUCGAGCUGUUGAAGGAAAUCGCCGGAACGAGGGUUUAUGAUGAUAAGCGCUCCGAAUCGAUGGAUUUGAUCAAGAAGACAAAUGAUAAUCGGUCAAAGGUUAACACGCUGCUCACCCAAAUCGUCGAAAAACUCGACUCUUUGGAGCAAGAAAAAGAAGAUCUAGCCGAGUACCAAAAAUUCGACCGUGAAAAACGUGCGUUCGAAUACCUCAUUUUGGAAAACCAAAAGCGCGAAGCCGAGCAAAAACUCAAAAAGCUCAAGAAUCAACGCGAGCAAAAGCGCGAAGCAAAGACCGAAAUUCGAGAAAAGAGCGAGACGCUGAGAAAACAGCUUGAAGAGGCGAAGAAGAACUUGUCCGAUGUAGAUCACAAGCUCGCCAGAGCGACGGACGAGAAAGAAUCAGCUUCCAGCGAGAAGGAGAAGCUCAUCAGCUCGAAGACGAAAUACGAGCUUGAAAUCAAGGAGCUCAAAUUGUCAGUCAACGAAGACAACCAAACAACGAAAAACGCCGAAGAAGAACUCCGCGAGUUAAAAAUAAAGAUUCGCGAAAAACGUCACGAGCUGGAUCAACAAUUGACGCCUGAGUUUCAACGACUCAAGGCGCUAGAAGACGGCCUUUUCCGAGAAAAACAGGGGCUCGAGAGAAAGAAGGAAGAGUUGUAUGCGAAGCAGGGGCGCAAUACUCGAUUCAUGGAUCAGCAGAGUCGAGACAGCUGGAUUCGCCAGGAGAUAAGUCAACUCGAAGCGCAGAUUUCCGCCAGAGAGCAUGAUCUCAACCGGGAACAGGAGGAUACUUCUCGCCUUCGCCGCGAAAACUCAGAACGCGACAAUGCAAUUUCCCAGUGUCGCCGCGAGCGAGAAACGCACAAGUCCAAGUGGGAAGAACAAAACGACGCGCUGCUCAAAAUCAAGCGCAAAAAGGACGAAAUCGCGAAUCAACAGAACGAACACUGGCGAAUUCAAACGAAACUCCAAGCGGACAAAACUCAGCUCUCCGACGACAUGCGCAACAAGGAGAGCAAGUUGCAGGGGAUGAUUGGACGCUCGACUUUGGACGGAAUCAACGCGCUCAAGCGAGUUCGAGCGCGAUUCGAGCAACAGGGAAAACAACGGCUGGUCGAGGGAUAUCUUGGCUCGCUCAUCGACUGCUUUGAAACUGACCAGGCCUUCUUCACCGCCGUUGAGGUCACCGCCGGCGGUCGAUUGUUCAAUCAUAUCGUCACUGAUUCGAGCAUCGGAACUGCGUAUUUGGACGAGAUGAACAGAAUGAAGCUCUCUGGAGAAGUGACAUUCCUUCCUCUCGAUCGACUCAUGGUCGCUGAAGAAAACUAUCCUCAAGAUGCGAAAGACGCUCUGCCGCUCAUCGACAAGUUGCGAUUUGGCGAUCGCUUCCGAAUUGCGAUGCGAUACGUUUUCGGCAAAACCCUCAUCUGUCGAAACAUCGAUGUAGCGACGAAGUACGCAAGGAACAAGGGCUUCGAUUGCAUCACACUCGACGGCGAUCAAGUUUCCCGACGAGGUGCGUUGACAGGCGGAUACAUUGAUACUUCCCGCUCGCGACUGGAACUUCAUCAUUUGAAAAAGCAACAUUCGGACCAGAUCUACGCUUUGGAAGACGAGAUCCAGCGGAAUCGACAAGAUCUCCAGAAUUUUGACGAGCAAAUGAAUAAAAUUCAGCGAGAAAUUCAAAACUACGACGCCGAGUUGAGCAAGUGCAAGGAUCUGUUUGACAGAAGCUCGCGAAUGUUCACUCAAAAAAGGGAGGAAUACACUCAAUACCUCAAGUCCAUUGAAUCGCGAGAAGAAUCAAUCAACCACUUGAUGCAGCAGCUCGAAUCCCUCAGCAGCGACAAAAAAGCCCUUGAGUCGGAGCUUGGAACUGAAAUGGCCUCCCAACUGACCCCUCAAGAACAAGAAGAGCUCCGACGAUUGACUGAGGCUGUCAAGGAUAAGACACGGAACUUCCAGGAAAUGACUCAAAAGCGAAUCGAUGUCGAAAAGAAAAAGACCCGCGUCGAGGGCAUUUUGAAAGAUAAUUUGCUGAAAAGAGAGGCUUUUCUCGAAGCGGGGAUGAACUCAAUGGAAGGCGACGAGCGAAGGUCUGAUUUGACAGAAACUCUUGACAAGCACGAGCGAGUGUCUGCCCAACUUACCCAAUGUCUCGAGCGAGAGAGCGAGCUUCUGACGAGCAUCCGCGAACACGAGCACGAGCGAGAUCAUAUGUCCAAAGUCGUCGAAGAAUUCAAACGACAACAGAGCCACUUUUCGCAAGAGCUUUUCGACGCGGAUAAGCAAGCUGAUACGAUGGCGGCGAAGGAGUCUAUUUACAUCGACAAAUUGAAAAACGCGGAAACGAAGAUCAUCGACCUUGGUUCUGUGCCCAACGAUUUGAUCGAGAAAUACAACGCUCAAAGCACCAAGAAUCUGUACAAGAAACUCGAAGAUGCCCAAAAAGCGCUAAAAAACUAUGGCCAUGUGAACAAACAAGCCUUGGAUCAGUUCAUGGCGUUCUCUGAAGAACGUGCAAGGCUUGAAAGACGGCGGAACGAGCUGGACGGCGAGUCAGAAAAGAUCAACGAGUUGGUAAACUACCUCGACGUAAAAAAGUUCGAAGCGAUUGAGACAAGCUUCAACGAAAUCUCGAAGAACUUUGCUCUUGUCUUUUCAAAGCUAGUGCCUCAAGGAAGCGCGCAUUUGGAAAUGAAAGAAGACAGCCGAAAAGACCCGACGAAAUUCUCAAAAGUCGAGCUUCUUUCAGGAAUCCUGAUCAAAGUUUCUUUCUCCGGCCAGGCUGCGGAAACGCGCGAAAUGUCGCAGCUCUCGGGAGGACAAAAAUCGAUGGUGGCUUUGACUCUCAUCUUCGCGAUUCAAAAGUGUGAUCCAGUGCCUUUCUAUCUCUUUGACGAGAUCGAUCAGGCGCUCGAUCCGGCUCAUAGAAGAGCGGUCGCUGAAAUGAUGAAUGAAAUGAAAAACGACGCUCAAUUCAUCACGACGACUUUCCGGCCCGAGUUGCUCGAAUCAGGAGACAAGUUCUACGGCGUCACCUAUCGAAACAAAGUGUCACACGUGAACACGAUCACAAAGUCCGUGGCGCUCGAUUUCGUCGAAGACGAUAAAAUCAAUGGCUAG